CAGCCAGGGAAAGUUGCAGUGAGCCAUCUUGCUCGGUUCAUCCUGCAGGAGUAGUAACAUUUUUCUAUUUUCUUUGUACUCGUGGAGUUGUGGUCCGGCGUAGGGUCGGAAUUUAGGCGGUAGCCGUUGCCUUCGAAAAAACGACAAGCGACGGGGCGUGGGACAUCUUCUCGUCCGUCCACGCUGACAAAUCCUUCCUUCCCUCCCUCUAGUAGCCGUUGGAAGCCAACCCACAGAAUACCACUAGUACUAGCAACGCCUCGCCAUCUGCGCCCCACAGCUUAAUUAACCCAAACCGACCACACAACCCACAUGUCCUCCUCUUCUAGCAAGAUCGAUUCCCCAUUCCCAUUCCAUUUGCAUCAGGAGGAGGAUGCGGGGGCUCAGAUCAAGAAUCCUCCGCACCUUGCAAUCCUUCCCCAAUGCCGUCAAUGUGCAGCCCGGGUUGCUCCUCCCCGCACCCGACGUACAGCCCUCGCCGCCGCCGCCGCCGAAAGCGCCGUGCCGGUCCCAGGAGGAGCAGCCUGAUGGCGGCGGCGGCGGCGGCGGCGACGACAAGGAGAAUGUCUCGCCGGAGGUGGCCCCGCGGAAGGCGAAGAAGAUGCGCGUGAGCCUGGGCGCCGCGGAGGAUGAGGCCGCGGCGUACUACCGCCGGCCCGACCCGGCCACGGCCACGCUGUUCGACCCGGACCUCCUCGCCGCCUUCCGCGGCGCCGUCGACGCCUACGCCCGCGCGCUCCAGGAGGCCAAGCGACGCGACGACGACGACAACGACGGCUUCUUCUUGUUGGAUGAGGAGGAGGGCUGCGGCGUGGCGGGCGGCGUCGGCUUUGGCGUCGACGAGGACCCGCUGGAAGGGUUCGAGACCCGGUGCCCGCCGGGCGGCGAGCGCGCGGUGGUGCUCUACACCACGUCGCUCCGCGGCGUGCGCAAGACGUUCGAGGACUGCGCCACCGUGCGCCGCCUGCUGGAGGGCCUCCGCGUCGCCUUCCUGGAGCGCGACGUCUCCAUGCACGCGCCCUACCGGGACGAGCUCCGCGCCCUUCUGGUGGGCCUGGACGACGCCGCCGUGCCGCCGCGGCUGUUCGUGGACGGCCGGUAUCUGGGCGGCGCCAACGAGGUGGUCACCCUGCACGAGCAGGCGCGCCUCCGCCCGGUGCUCCGCCGCGCGCCACGCCGCGGCGCGGGCGACGCCGCGUGCGCCGUCUGCGGCGGCGCCUGGUUCGUCGUCUGCGGCGCGUGCAGCGGCAGUCAUAGGCUCUAUGACGCCGCCGCCGCCGCCGGCGGCCGCGUGCCGUGUACCGGAUGCAACGAGAACGGACUCGUGCCAUGCCCUCUCUGCAGCUGAAGCUGAACCGGAGCUCAUUCUUGCAAGCACUGCAUGUAAAAUCAAUUUUUUUUUUGUCAUGUCAUCAGGAUCAGGAGAAAUUCUUUUGAUUGUUUUAUGUAAUUUAUCAUGUGUAAUCUAUCUCCACCAACCAAAUUAAGCAACAAAUCAGAGGCUCCAGAUCGAGCUUUGUCACCUCGAGGUUGAA